AUGGCGGGCCGAUCCGGCGCCGCAGCGGCGUCGCUGCUCCUCGUCUUCUUCCUAACGUUGGGUCCUGCCCUUGCUUACCAAGCGGAGGAUGUAAACAGCCGGGUUAUGUGGGCGGGUCAGCACGGGGUUGUGCGGAGAACCCUCCUGGCGACGAAUGAUUCAAUCUACCAGCAACAACUCAUCGAUGCGGCGAAUGCGCACGCGGCGGCGGCAUUGGCGAUCACGCCGAGGGUGGAUCCCACGAAUGGGAUGAAGAAGUACGAGGGGGGGUAUGACGUCACCGACAUGCACUACUGGGCGUCGGUGGUAUUCACCGGGGUCUACGGCUUUGCCCUGGCCAUCAUUUCCCUGCUCGUCGGCAUCCUGUACCUGCUCUUCAAGUGCUUCUGCGCCUGCUGCUGCUCCGGCCGGAACAAGAAACCGGUCGAGUAUACGCUGACCGCGCGCCUGUGGCCCAAGGCUUUGGUGCUCGUCUACACUCUGCUGGCUAUUUCCGGCGCCGUCGUGGUGUACUCCGGAAACGGAAAGCUCAGCACCUCCCUCCGCGGAACCACCUCCACCAUCAUCAACGCCGUCGCUGACAUCAAGGUCGACGUGGAUCAGGUCGCGGCCGCGCUCACGAACGCGACGCAGGCGCUCGACGACAAGUCCGGCAGCAGUGCCGUCAUGGAUGCCGCCAAGGGUCUGCAGGACGCAACGACCAGCGUCAAUCUGACGGUGCAGGAUAACAAGGACAAAGUCUACGGCUACUUCGACAAAGUGAAGCUCGCGCUGACCAUUAUCGCGGCGAUCGUGCUCGCGCUUUCCGUCGCGGGGCUCGCGAGCACGGUUUUGGGCGUCCGGCCGCUGCUGAUGAUACUCUUCGUGGUCGCCCUCAUCAUACUCUUCUUCACGUGGCUGCUGUUCGGCAUCACUUUCAUGCUCGACAACGUGAUUACGGACACGUGUCAGGCCAUGGAGUCGUACACGAUCGACUCCCGGAACAGCUCCCUCGGAGAGCUUCUCCCGUGCAUUGACACAGACACCGCCAACGACGCACUCAACAAGGGCAAGCAGUCGGUCAAGAAUCUGGUAACACAGGUGAACGGCGGAAUCAAGAACGCAAACGACGCCCGCACAGCGGCCCUCAUCCGGUACCCGACGCUCAAUGCGGGCAGCGCGAUCCCCUACCUCUGCGACCCUUACGGCCCCUCCCCCGACUAUGACACCGCGUCUUGUCCCCCGGACCAGGGAAGGCUCGGAACGUUCCGUCAGAACUAUUCCGCUUUCGCGUGCGACACUGACGACGGCCAGACGUGCGACCAGAAUCACAAGCCCAUCAAAAACACCGACUUCAACAAGAUGGUCAACGCAACCGGGGCUGCCGAGAGCGUGAUCAUCAUUAUGCCCGUGCUUUUCGACCUCGUCACGUGCCAGUUCGUCAACGUCACCUUCACCAAGGUCGUGACGUACGACUGCGCGCCCAUGAAGACGUCACUCAACCUGCUGUGGAUCGGUUUCGUGGUGGUUAGCGUUGCCUUCGUCUUCUUGGAAGUUUUCUGGAUGGUCGUGCGGACGCGCGUGCCCCGAAACGACGUUUCGCGCGUGCAGCACAUCAACGACCAGCCGCUGUAA